GGAAGGGGAAGAGACUGCUGGACAGAGUGAUUCACGUGGGGUGAGAAGAGACAUCAGCAGCAGCAGGAGAGUAGCCCGAGCUAUGGACUGAGCAGCUGAUUCAAGAGAACUGGUCACUCACUCACAGAGACAGCUCCACCUGAUGGGGGUCUCACUAAUUCCAGAGCUGUCUCUUUCCCCUUAGGCACACGUGGCUGUCUUAUCAGCUGCUUCUGACACUCUCUCUGCAGUUCACUAAUUACUAAUCAGCAGUCUCUUUGCUCUCUGAUACUUGUUUUCUUUGACUGUCUCUUACCCCCCCCACUUGCCACAUGGCCGCACUCAGUAGCCCCGGCUCCAGCCCCCACCCCACCUCCCCCCGAGUUUACUUCCAGUCCCCCGGAGAGACCGCUGAGCAGACAGACAGACGGCACCAAGGAAAAGUGACUGUCAAGUAUGACCGCAAGGAGCUGAGAAAGAGACUGCGCCUGGAGGAGUGGAUCCUGGAGCAACUGGUGGAGCUUUAUGACUGUCAGGAGGAAGAAAUCCCUGAGUUGGAAAUUGAUGUGGAUGAAUUACUGGACAUGGAGACAGAUGCGCAAAGAGGGGAGAGAGUUAAGAAACUCCUUGUUGACUGUUACAAACCCACAGAGGCCUUUAUAUCUGGACUACUGGAAAAGAUUCAAGGCAUGCAGAAGCUGAGUACCCCCCAGAAGAAAUGAUGCCCCCGGAAUUGAGCUGAGGGGCAGACAUGGAUCAAUCUCACAGCCUGUCGGGGUCAUUGGCUUCUCCUACUCGCACAGGUGCCGUCUACCUGGUUAUCUGGGGUUCACAUGGAGGAGCAGGGGAACCCCUCCUUUAUAUAUGAGCUUUUUGUACAAGUCUUUUUAUAAUUAAAUAAAAUGUAAGUAUUAAACCAA